AAAGGGUGGGAGAAAACAAACUAUCCAUCUACAACGGAAAACGUGCACUUGCAAAAAGAUGGAGAUAUACAAGAUUCCUUGCUCCCAUGUAUUAGCCGUGUGUAGACAACGUAGUUUGUCUUAUGCUCCAUUUGUGGAUAAGUUCUUCUCUUCUGACCAAUACGCCGCCACGUAUCAUAGGGUGUUCAAACCGAUUCCUGAUCGUGAUUAUUGGCCAAAUUACAAUGGACCCGAAAUCGUGCACGAUCCAUCCAUGCUUCGGGCAAAGGGAAGACCAAAGUCGACCCGUAUUAAGAAUGAGAUGGAUGAAGGCCCACGAGGAACGGUUAGAUGUGGAAGAUGCCACCAAACCGGCCAUAAUAGAGCGACAUGUGCAAAGAGAUCAUCUAGACAAGAGGGGGGGUCCGCCGGGCAUGGAGGUGAUAGCGGAUCCUGGGCCGAGUGAUCCUUCUGUCCUGACACUGCAGGCCUCACACAGGAGUGAGGAUGUUUGGCUUGGCAUGGAUGUGCAGGUUGAUAGGUGCCGCGAGCAUCUGCGGGGUUUGUCCCAUUUACAUGUCGACCCCAGAGUCCUAGCAUAUGUUCGUGCAGCAGGUUUUUUUACACUGCACAGGUUAGUGGCUACUGUGCCUUUAGAUAGAGCCCUCCUCACUGCUCUACUUGAGCGUUGGAGGCAGGAGACACAUUCAUUUCACCUCCCUGUUGGUGAGGUCACCGUGACAUUGGGAGAUGUGGCUGUACUGACUGGGUUAGAGGUUGAUGGGAGAGCUGUUACAGGCACUGCUUGUCGACAGUGGGUGGAUGAGUGUGAGAGGUUGUUAGGCAUCCGCCCCGUUCUUAGGGCUGACCUUCAGGGGUCAUCUCUUAGGAUGCCAUGGUUGAGGGAGCACUUCC